AUGCCGUCCUUGAGAGAGGCGCUCGACGCGGCUCGGGAGUUCCUUGCUCCUGCUUUGAAGCGUGGGAACGACGACGUUGUAGUUCGUCUGAGUAAUAAUAUUGGCGUCUCAUCCACUUCCGAUGCCCACCGAGCUGUGUUGCGAGCGGCUUUGGGCCAUUUGCUUCGCAUCCACGAGGCAGACAUAACCCAGCAAAACCAGGCACCCCCCGCCAACGGCGAAGGAGAAUAUGAUGAAGAUUCUAGACAAACUCUGUACGGACUAUUGGAUCUGGUGGCCAUUCGCGGGAUUCUUCCGUCUCUAUCGCCAGGGGUUGCAGCGAACCGACGCCCCAGGUCGACUAUCCCAGGCCUGAGUGAUGCGACUCCCGGCAGCAACAAGGACUCGGACCUGUUGUGCGGGAUUGUGGAUGGAAUGGGGGAAAUGCUCGGGAAUCCUGGUGCUGGUCUAGCCUCACUUAUCAGAGAACGCGUUUUGGUCGACGUUACUGCUGGGGCGGGAGAGCUUGCAUUCUCUCCAGACUCAAGCGAUGUUAUGCACCAGAAAUACGGAGACACUUUUGUGCUGAUCAUAAACAAAACCCCCAUUGCUUCGGCUUUGCCUCUCCUCACAUAUCUCAUGCAGCCUACGACUCCACCAUGGCUCAAGUCACAACUCUCCAAACAGCUUGCACUCGCUCCCUUACGCCCUCGUGGGGUUCGACACACAAUCGAGUUCAUAGCAUCCUCGUAUCCGCAGCCGCCACAAUCAUCGGACAACCAAGAUAGGACUACAGGCCCUUCUCUGCCUCUCGAAGCGCUGGUGCAAGCCUCAAAGCUUCUCUCCUCCGUCCCCAGCUCCAUGGAUGCGGAAGCAUACUUCACUGCUCUCGCCCCGCAGUUGCUGACGAUGCUUGAUGGUGCCGAAGGUCAAGAGCUCGCCAAAGCUGCAGCACUGGUGAUCGGCAGUGGUAUACUCGGGAAGAAAGCGCUGGGUGCUCCAGGGGCCAUAGGGUGGCGCCUUUUUGCCGAGCCCAUAAUCUUCAGCAUCAGUCCUCCCAAAGUACAAACCGUCAAGGCAGAAGUCUCAAGUACUUCUCUUCCAGAUGCCGCCCAGACUGUCGUUGCAGAGCCGGAACUUAGACGUGCAUUGAGCCGCCUGGUCACGCUCGUGACGUCACGUCCUAGUCCUGGCUUGACCAAACGUCUGCUCGGACGAUUGAUGCUGCCUCUUUGGGCCUUGCUCGGCUACGCCAAAUCUCAUCCUGUGGGCCAAGUCUGGAAGGACAUACCAUGGCAACUGCUCGAGGCCUUCUUCCGGCUGAGUGCCGGCGUGGAGCAGCUCGAAGCCUUGGCCUCGAACUUGCUCUGGGAUGGACCGCCGGCUUGGACUUUCGCCCCUGGAAGUGACGGUGGUAUCGAGAUUCGCCGGAGGGAACGGACCCCCGAUGAUGAUGCAUUCAAUGUCAUCGCGCAGAUGGGCAGCCUUGAGGAGAGGUUAGCCACCUAUCAGGAGCUUCUGACGUCGAAUUGCGUUGAGGACCAAGAUAUCGGAGACCUCUUCGUCAGAUUAAGUAGACGCUGGCUGGUACCACACUCAAUCCAGGCCGGAGGUGCGCCCAAGCUGGAGGCCCCCGCGGAAGAAGACCCGUUCCAGUCACUCAUCACUGCGAAAUUGGUCAUGGCCAUCCUUGAGAAGUUCAGAGACAAGCUGGCGACGCGGCCGGAGAACAUGAUCGAGCUCGUCAAGCAACUUCUCGACGAAUGGACCGAGUCCGAAAAGGCCAGGAAGCAGCGUGCAGAAAACUUGCAGAAGCCCUCCUAUACCGGGCUGCGUAACAUCGUCCAGCAGUCGCAGAAGCGGGACGAAGGAGCCGAACAACAACUCACCUCAGCGGCAGAAGUCGGCUCCAGUGAAAUACUGCCAGUGGCGCUCAGUCUCCUGAACACACUCCUCUCCACCCCCAACUUCCGCCCAACACCCCAAACAUCCUCCACCCUCUCCACCAUCCUCCCCACCCUUUCCGACCUCCACGACCGCGGACCAGGCAGCGAGCUCCCCCCCUCCGUUUCCAUGACAGCAUCAACCCUCACUACCCGCAUCACCACCCUCCUCAACAUCCCCGCCCCGUCCAAACCCAACAACCCCCGCACCUCCCCCUCCACCACCACCACCGCCACCGCCACCGCCACCGCCACCGCCGCCGACCAAGCCGCCCUCCAAACCGCCCUCAAAGACCUCACCUCCCCCGACCCGCCCCUCCGCGCCUCGGCCCUCAGCGCCAUCAGCGCCCUCGCCCGCGCCCGCUCCCCCGCCCUCGACCUCCCCCAGCUGACCCUCCUCCUCCUCAGCACCUCGCUCCCCGACCCGGACGAAUACGUCCACCUGCACGUGAUCCAGACCCUCGCCGCCCUCGCCUCGCUCGACCCCCAGCUCGUCGCGGGCCACCUCCUCGUGCGCGCCUUCGCCGACGUCGACGAGUCGUCGUCGUCGUCUUCUGGCAACGACGAGAACGCAAACGGGCUGGACGCGCGCCUCCGCGUCGGCGAAGUCCUCGGGCGCGUCGUGUCGGACAUGCAAGAAGCAUCACCGCCGCCGCCAUCGCUCACCACCCGCGCCGCCACAGCCGCGGUGCAGGCCGUCGUCAUCCGCCAAAUCGCCACCGCCUGCCUGCGCAUCGCCUCGCGGCGCGGGGCCCGCGCCUCCGCGCUCCGCGCCCGCCAACGCGCCGCGCGCCUGGCGGAGCGCAAGCGGCGUGCCGCGGAAAAGGCAUGGGGCGGGCCAGUCCCACAGAUCCUGGCCCCGGAGGAGGGCGGCGGGGACGAAGAUGCUGCUGCCGAACGCGACGCCGCCCUCCUCUCAUCCGUCGUCUCGGGCUGGUCCGACACCGGGCUCGACGAGGACGUGCGGCUGCGGGCGCUGGCGCUCAGCGUCUUCACGACCGUGGUGCGCGAGCCGGCGACGCUGGCGGUGCUGCCGCGGGCGGACGUGGCGGCGGGGGUGGACGUGGUGCUGGGGAGCCUGGCGCUCGAGACGGAGGAGCGGCACGCGGUUCUGAGGCGGGCGGCGGUGCUGGUGGUGUGGGGGUUGGUGGGGGCGAUGGACAAGGAGCUCGAGUCGGGUGGACGGGGAGGGGCGGUCGGGGAGGGGGAGGGGGUAGGGGCGGUGUUGACGCCGGAAAAGUGGGAGGAAGUGGGGGAGGUGGUUGGGUGGGUGAGGGACCGGGAUGCGGAUGCGGUGGUCAAGGGGCAUGCGGGCGAGGUGCUGGAGGCGCUGGAGACGUGGCGGGUGAAGAGGGCGUUGGGCGUGAGGGGGGACGGGUCGGCGGUGGCUGCUGGUGCUGGUGUCCGGCUGACGAAAGAUCUGGGGCUGGCUGAGCUGAGGGGGUUGAGCGUCAAUGCGGACGGGAGUAGUGGCGAGAGCCGUGGUAUGAAGCCUGUGGUUGAGGAGAUUGAAUAG